AUGGAUGAACAAUUCAUUCACUAUCUAACACAAGCAAGUACAGCAACAAACAUAGGACCAACUGCUAAAGAGGCUCUAUUACAACAUGCCGAAGAUGAAUAUCUUAAUGGUAAUAUGACCCGUUCGAUAUUCUAUCAAAUUGUUGCCCUAUAUCAAGCAUCUCAGGAACAUUAUUACAAAUCAACCAGUAAACGUAAAUCCGCCAAUGUUGAAGAUCUUUUGGCCGAGAUGACAGUUGAGGAGACCGAUGAUUUUAAAGAAAAUUGCCUUCUACAAUAUGUUAGUAAAUCUCUUAAAACAAUGAGCAAAAAUAAAAAGAAAUCACAAGAUAAAUUUGAAGCAAUUGAAAUUGAAACCGAAAGUAAUUUCUUGAAGGGUAUAACCGAUCCCAUGCAAGGCAUACAUAAGCUAGAAGAUAUCUGCAAGCAAAUGCCAAAAGAAUGGACAAUUAUGCAAUUGUGUAAGGGACCACGUCCAGAAAAUACAUUUUCAGUAUAUCCAAAAAUACACGAAUAUGAUGCUGCGAUUUAUCUAACAAUUUUAAAACAUGCUCGCAGUGAUAGAUACCCAACACCGAUAUGUUUACGUUUCUCAAGAGAUGAUCAAAAGGAAUUAUUUGCUAAUUUCGCUAGCAUUAUAAAUCGUUUUAAACACGCCAUAAAAGUAGAUCCCAAAGAUUGGCAUACCAUCGAAGCGAGAAAAUUAUAUUGGAAUAUGUUGUCGGAGUUGAAUACAUUUAUAGCUAAAAUUCUUGCUGAUUUGAAGAACUUCUUUUUUCCCUGGACAUUUUUAUUUACGGGCAUUUCAAAUUUAUCAUCCUGCACCAAAGUUUUUCAGGGACGUUGGGAUAGAAUUGAUGCAUUUUGCAACACAUAUAAUUGGGAUGAGCAAUCAAGGAUAUUACUUUCAUUGGCGGCAUCUAAUAUUAGAGAUAUAUCCGAUUUGGAAAUUGAUGCAAUUUGUUCAGUACUUACCGAAAAUAAAGAACAACGAGAAAUUGUAAUAGAUUUAUUAAAUGAAAUGCAACAACAAUCACAAAAUGAUUGCAGCAACGAGUGUCGAACUAAUCGUUAUCCAUGUAUAUUGGUGGUCGAUGAGCGUUUAGAUCAUUUCUUUUGGGAAGAAAUGAAUGUCUAUCAAGAAUUUACACGCAUUAAUUCCAUACAAUGCCUUUGGAGGCUUUAUAAAUACUAUAAAAAGGACUUACGAAAUGGUUACCUUAAUGUUAACAUAACCACGGGUGGCUGUGUUAUAAAUCCCGAUCAAAAUUUAAAUAAAAUGGAAUUGCGUAUGCGUAGCUUUUUCGAAUAUUGGAUGCCACAUUGGUCAAUGAUGGUUGGCCAGCGACCAACUCAAGAAGACCUAUUCAAUAAGUUUUUCAAACAAAAUUGCUACGUUUAUGCUGGUCAUGGUUCCGGUCUACAGUAUAUAAACGGACGUAAUAUUGCCAAAUUUCAGAUGCACUGUGUGGUUUUCCUAUUUGGCUGUGACUCGUCGCGUCUCCAUUCGAAUGGCCUGUAUAGUGAAUUGUUGGGACCGCAUUUAUACUAUCAUGCUGCCAUGUGUCCUGCGUUAGUUGGCACUCUAAUGCCUUGCCUAGAUUCGAUUAUGGAUAAGGUGGCCACGGAAAUACUUAGUCGUUGGAUAGCGCCCAAAUCGCCAAAUACUUUGCCAUGGAAUGAAAUUGAAGUGAAUGCCUGGGUGAAAGAGGGCAUCAUUAGAUGUAAGUCCAAACUUCACACACACAUUUAUAUGUCCAAAAGUGGUGGGGACAAUGUUGAGGCAUCUCCAACCGCCGCCAUCCCCAGCAGCAGAGUUUCAGCCACAAUAGCCACUACCCCCGAUUAUCAUUUCGGCAGUUUGUGUGGCAUUUUGGCCCGUGUACAUCAACGCAUCAGCGAACCCAAACUCUACAAUACUGUGCCGUAUGUGUGUCGUGGCCUACCCGUCUGGAAUUGUAAUGUACAGCCCAUACUCUAA